AUUUUUGGCUUUUCCUUUAUUACAAGAACCUAAAUCUUUUAAAUCUUUGAAUUUAUUAGAUUUUUCUUUAUACAUUAAACUAGUUUCUUAUCAUCCUUCUAUCACAAAUACUACACAUCAGGUGGCAAAUGAUUUAAUUUUAACAAAAUUAUUAUCACCUUUCAAAAUUGAUAUUUAUCUUGUCAGAAUAUGUGAUCUUGAAACUGCAAAAAAAAAAAAUUUAAAGAUAGGAGAUGUCUUAAAAGAUCCUAAUGAUAUAAAAAGACAUCAAUUGAAAGAUGAGUUUGAUAUAUUGAUGAAUUACAGUGUGGAGAUUUCAUGUUCAACAGAUUGUAUUUUCAAUGAUUAUGUAAUAAUAAUGUGUAGACCUUUUUUAAAAGAAAAACAGAAAACUUGUGAAAUAUUAAAUAAUGAUAAUGAAAGUAUAAUAUAUAAUACUGAAAAUUAUAGAGUAAUAAUGGUAAUAGAUUAUAUGGAUUGGAUGUAUCAAGGUCGUAUCAAAGAUGGAGGAGAUAUUGCAGAUAACGAUAAAAUUGAGUUGGGGGAUACGUUUGAAAGAUAUAAUUCUGGUUAUCCAGUUAUGAUUUCGGGUGGAAGUAUUGAAGUAGCAUAUCAUCCAGAUAUGACAAAUAUUAACAAUUAUAUUAAUUGUUGUGCUAAAAAAUAUGAAAAACAAAAUAUUAUAAAAAUUAAAGAAGAAGAAAUAAACGAAUUUUUAAUGCUUACAAUAAUUGAAAAAGCAUCAACUGUUCUAAUUUCAAUUCCACAAAAACCAAUUUUAAUUCCUCAACCACCUUCGGUUCCAAUCUUAAUUCCACAAAACCCGAAACCAAUUUUAAUUCCUCAACCGCCUUCUGUUCCAAUUGUAAUUCCACAGAAACCAAUUUUAAUUUCUCAACCAUCUGUUCCAAUUUUAAUUCCACCAGAAGAAUCUAAUGAUAUAAAUGAUAAAAAUAUAUUUAAUA